UGUUUUUUUUUUUUUUUCCCUGUCCGCCGGAGUCGAGCGGGUGCUGCUAGCGGAGGCGCCAUAUUGGAAGGGACAAAACUCCGGCGACAGCGAGUGACACAAACAAACCGCUGGAUCCCUUCGCUCCCCCAGCUCUCAGGGCCGCGAUGUUGUACCUAGAGGACUACCUGGAAAUGAUCGAGCAGCUGCCGAUGGACCUGCGGGACCGCUUCACGGAGAUGCGCGAGAUGGACCUGCAGGUGCAGAAUGCAAUGGACCAACUAGAACAGAGAGUGAGUGAAUUCUUCAUGAAUGCAAAGAAAAACAAGCCAGAAUGGAGAGAGGAGCAGAUGGCGUGCAUCAAGAAAGACUACUAUAAGGCUUUGGAAGAUGCAGACGAGAAGGUGCAGUUGGCAAACCAGAUAUAUGACUUGGUAGAUCGACACUUGAGAAAGCUGGAUCAGGAACUGGCUAAGUUUAAAAUGGAGCUGGAAGCUGAUAAUGCUGGAAUUACAGAAAUAUUAGAGAGGCGAUCUUUGGAAUUAGAUACUCCUUCACAGCCUGUGAACAACCACCACGCUCAUUCACACACUCCCGUGGAAAAAAGAAAAUAUAAUCCGACAUCUCACCAUACGACAGCAGAUCAUAUUCCUGAAAAGAAGUUUAAAUCUGAAGCUCUUCUGUCCACUCUUACGUCAGACGCAUCUAAGGAGAAUACACUAGGUUGUCGAAAUAACAAUUCCACAGCCUCCUCCAAUAAUGCCUUCAACGUGAAUCCCUCCCAGCCUCUGGCAUCCUAUAACAUCGGCUCAUUAUCUUCAGGGACUGGUGCGGGAGCCAUUACUAUGGCAGCUGCUCAGGCAGUGCAAGCCACGGCUCAGAUGAAAGAGGGACGGAGAACGUCAAGUUUAAAAGCCAGUUAUGAAGCGUUUAAGAAUAAUGACUUUCAGCUGGGAAAGGAGUUCUCAAUGCCCAGGGAGACAGCUGGCUACGCAUCAUCCUCAGCGCUUAUGACGACACUGACGCAGAAUGCGAGCUCGGCGGCGGCUGACUCGCGCAGUGGCCGCAAGAGCAAAAACAACAACAAGUCUUCAAGCCAACAGUCCUCUUCUUCCUCCUCCUCCUCCUCUUUGUCAUCGUGUUCUUCAUCAUCAACUGUUGUCCAAGAAAUCUCUCAACAAACAACAGUAGUGCCAGAGUCGGAUUCAAAUAGUCAGGUUGAUUGGACUUAUGACCCUAAUGAGCCUCGAUACUGCAUUUGUAAUCAGGUUUCUUACGGUGAGAUGGUGGGAUGUGAUAACCAAGAUUGUCCCAUCGAGUGGUUCCACUAUGGGUGUGUUGGGCUGACAGAAGCACCGAAAGGGAAGUGGUACUGCCCGCAGUGCACGGCUGCCAUGAAGAGAAGAGGCAGCAGGCACAAAUAAAGGCGGGCACUCUGAGCAAGAAGAGGGGGAACCCACAGUUGAACAUUUUAUAUAGGAAGAAAAGAGAAAGAAGAAACAACACAUUUCCAGGCAACUACUUAAAGGAUUUAUACAGACAAUCCUGUACGAUCUUGAACUUGAAUUUUAUGGGUUGUAUUUUAAUAAUGUAAGUAAAUUAUUUAUGCACUCCUGGUGUGCUAUGAAUAUUAUUCCAGUUAGCCUUGGAUUAUUUCAGUGGCCAAUAUAUGCAGACAUUUGUACUCCUCAACCAUUUUCUCAAAGUUAUGGGCAUUCUAUAAUUUAGACUUCAGAGAAUUCCAGCAAUGAAGAUUUUAAGAAAAGUAUUUUAUAUUUAACAGGUAUAUUCUGCUGCAUGUACUGUACUCCAGAGCUGUUAUGUAACACUGUAUAUAAAUGAUUGCAAAAGAAAAAAAAAAGUCAGUCCGAAAAAGAAUUUAAGAUAAUGGUUUUUAAAAUGCCUUUCUAAGAAGCUUUAUUUCGUUGUGAAACUAAUUCAGCAGGCUGAAGGAAAUGGCUCAUGUGAUGGGCUGGCGUCUCUCGAGUACCUGGGUACAUAAACAGAAACUCCCGUAGAUACAAAUGAAUUUGUGCCAUUAGUCUUUCUAUGUUUCUGCAUCCAGAUAGAGUGCAGUUCAUGGGCGGGAGGGUGGCGGGGGGGUGGGAAAGGGCGUUAAAGUGAUACAUUUUUAUACCAAAUGUGUUUAUUUUUUUGUGCAAGUAAUCCUUAAAUUGGGAUUGUAUUAGGUGUUAAAAUAAAGUUUUUUAAAAACUA